UGAAUUUAUGACAACGACAGGUAGAUAACAGGAAACCUUUUACAAUAUUGUAACCUCAAAGCAUGUUUUUCACCUAAAACAUCAGUUUUAUCUUAAGCGAAAAAAAUCCUGAAAGAGGACACAAUGAAGAAGUUUUACGCCGUGUCGAAGGGAUAUGAACGCGGUAUUUACACAACUUGGUCUGACUGCUAUAAGCAAGUUCAUGGGUAUAGCGGAGCCCUUUUUAAAGGGUUUAAAACGUUAGAAGAAGCUAAAAUGUUCCUUUCAGAGAGCCAUGAAGGUGUAUCCCACGACUUAUCUCAAAAGAAAGAAGACUAUACCAUCAAAGAGAGCCCGUGUAAUGAACGCUUUAUACGCGAUGCCAAGUCUGAAGGCAAGCGCAUUUGUUUGCGAAAAUUUUAUUCCCUUCCUUCUGAUUCUAAUGUCGAUGAUAAUUGCUCUGAAAUUCAAUCAAUCGCCAAAUGUCCGCGUUUAUAUGAUUCUACUUGUAGAAACAGUUGCCAUAUUGCCACACAAAGUGCGGAGUCACCACCUGUGGCACCUCGUGAUUCUUUGAUAACAACAGAAGAUGUCUAUGUGGACGGAGCUUGCCAUGGAAAUGGUCAGCAGGGAUUUUCAAAAGCGGGUUAUGGUGGCUACUACGGCGAAGGGGAUUGCCGUAACUUUGCAUUACCACUUCUGUCGAAUGAAAAGCAGACUAACAAUCGAGCCGAGCUUCGAGCAGUAAUUUAUGCUUUGCGCCAGGGUGUGCACGAUGCAGGUGGCUCGGUUGUGAACCUUAUGGCCAACAGGGUGGAUUACUCUACACCAACUCCCCUAUACCGUCUUCGUGUGUAUUCUGACAGCAAGUACGUCGUAGAAGGGUUGACAAAGUACAGCAAAAAAUGGAUGAGGAACGGUUUUACAUUAAGCGAUGGCAAAACUCCAGUACAAAACCAGGAUUUGUGGAAAGAACUCAUCCAAUUGAGAGAUGGAUAUAACACUUGUUUUUCGUAUCAGCAUGAUGCGCAGCCCCGAUACUACUGCUCUAGCAAUAUCUCCAACUCUGGCGAAGGUUUUGAGAUUUGUCACGUCCGUGGGCAUUCGAAUAUCCAUGGUAACGAGAUGGCUGACUAUUUGGCAUCAAUAGGAGCCAGUAAGCAUGUUUGUAAAACUUCAAAAACCUGA